AUGAAGGGAUUGCUGCUGACGUCACUGCUGAUCUACACGAGCGCGCGCAUCACCAACGCGAUCUACUGGCUGGGUCUCACAGUGAAUGGAAGCUCGGUAGGGUGGAAUGAGACGCAUCACUGCCGCUUGCUCCAUGCACUGGUUCCAGAUCAGCAGCAGUUGUGCAGGAGGAACCUGGAGCUGAUGCGCAGUGUGGUGCGAGCUGCGGAACUCACGAAGACGGCCUGCAGACAUGCCUUCAGAGACAUGCGCUGGAACUGUUCCUCUGUAGAGAGAGCACCACACUUCAGCCCUGAUCUCGCUAAGGGUACACGUGAGUCUGCGUUCGUCUUUUCUCUCUCUGCAGCCGUUCUCAGUCACACCAUCUCUCGCGCCUGUUCUUCAGGUGAGUUGCCGAGUUGUUCGUGUGCAGCAGCUCCGGCAGAACAGGCGUCUCCAGAUUUCCGCUGGGGUGGAUGUGGUGAUAACGUACGCUUUGGCCUGCAGAUGGGUGCCGCAUUCUCUGACGCCGCCUUAAACAGCAGACGCUCCGCCUCCCCUGUAGUCCGUCUAAUGCACCUGCACAACAAUGCUGUCGGCCGACAGGCUCUGUUGGACUCACUGGAGACGAAGUGUAAGUGUCAUGGCGUCUCGGGCUCAUGUUCAGUGAAGACGUGCUGGAAGUCCCUUCUGGACGUGGGUCACGCCUCGACUCAGCUUAAAGCUCGUUACCUGUCGGCCACGAAGGUGACCUCACGCCCAGUGGGCACACGUCGCCAUCUGGUUCCCCGGGACAUGGAGGUGAGGCCGGUCCUGGAGAGUGAGCUAGUUUACCUGAUCAGCUCACCUGAUUACUGCACCUAUAACUCCAAGCAUGGCUCAUACGGGACCACAGACAGGCAGUGUAAUAAGACAGUGAGUGGGAGUGGAAGUUGUAAUCUAAUGUGUUGUGGGCGGGGCUACAACACCUACACUGAGCAGGUGGAGGAACGAUGCCACUGCAGGUAUCACUGGUGCUGCUACGUCACCUGUAAGAAAUGUACACACACUGUUGAGAGGCACGUCUGCAAAUGACACACACAAGAGCUGAGAAAGAGAUGAACUCCACCUACAAGCACUACCUCUCCCUCAUCUAGUGUGUGAACACCGCCAUAGAAGCUGGUGUGUGUGUGUGUGUGUUUGUGCGUGCAUGCAUGCACACAUGUGUUCACAUUGGAUUUGAUUCACACAAAGCUCUGAGAAGAGAAAAGACGUAAAAGACUCAAGCCUCAGUCUCUCUGUCUCAGUCUCGUGCCCUUGUCGACUGCCCGUAGUCACUCAGAGGUGUGUGUGGAGGAGUGUGUAUCAGUGCAGCCUUUUCCACACACACACUAAAUACAGAGGACCGGUGUGUGGAAAUGUAAAGUGUUUUGUUCACUAUUGUUUGUGGCGUGAUUUUGUAAAGGAUACUGUCAGACAUCGGUGCA